AUGGCGUUCCAGACGCCAGCUCUCUCGAGCAUCGCUGCGGCGACGACGGAGAUCUGGCCUUCGAUUGCGAACACCCUGAUGGUAUCCUUCCGAGCACCUUCGUCAACUCCGAAGCAGUCGCGGAACCUGAACAUCGCAUCGAGUUCCGAGACGUCACCAGUUCAGCCUCGGCCUGCUGCCGCCCUACCCAAAUUCGAGCUGCCAGAGUUCCUUCGAGACCCUCGACACGAUGCAGCUCUCGCCCCGACGCGUUUGCCACAGCAAUGUGUCCCUGCUUCGUUCGACAUCCGAUCCUCCAUCUCGACCAUGCAACGAAGCGCUCUCUUUGCCUCGAACCCGGUCGCGCGUAGGUUGUUUCCUCAGCGCCUAUCUAUCCGACCUAUGUCCACCUCGGCAGUCUUCCGCAUGUCGCCAACUCCCUUUGCGCGGAUGGACAUGUCGCAACGAAGAUCAUUUCAGUCCGGCGGGCUAUCCCGGAACCUACUCGCCCACAUGGAGGAAUCUGCGAACCGAAACCCAACCAGCGCCACUGCUCAGAACGCAUUCUACCAGGCUCUCUUGAAGGCGAACAUGCCAGCUAUCAUCAUCGAGAGAUACCAGUCCGGUCGAUUCGCCAUGAACCCUGCCGCGACGGAAGCGUACCAGAAGGCAUUGAGCAUCAUAGCUCCGGCUGCAAGCUCGGGUGGUCAGAAUGAGGAUAUCAACGAGACAGUUAGAAACUUGCCUGGUAGCUUGACACCCACGCAAGUACAAGCCGUCACCCAAGCGCUCGCUGCCCGAUCUCGUGGAGGCAACUUGGCCGUUGCCAAAAGCGGCACUCAAGCAACGGGUGCCAAGGACGGCCCGCUCCAUGUUGUCGUCGACGAGCCCCUUGGCAGCAGUAUCUUCCGAUGGGUCAAGUUUAUCAUGUGGUUCUGUCUCUUUACUUACCUUAGUUUGGUUGUGAUCACCAUGCUCAUUGAAGGGAUGAGUGUUCUGAAGCGACCAGGUGGCAAGGUUGACAGUGAGGCCAAAGCUGAGCAACAGAAGGCUCGUUUCUCCGACGUGCAUGGCGCCGACGAGGCCAAGGAAGAGCUCCAGGAGAUGGUCGACUUCUUACGCAACCCCGAAAAGUUUUCUCAGCUCGGAGGCAAACUGCCCAAGGGUAUUCUCUUGGUUGGCCCUCCCGGUACAGGAAAGACACUCUUGGCCCGAGCUGUUGCCGGUGAAGCUGGUGUUCCGUUCUUCUACAUGUCUGGCAGUGAGUUCGAUGAGGUCUACGUCGGAGUUGGUGCCAAGCGAGUUCGAGAGCUCUUCGCCGCCGCCAAGGCCAAGUCUCCGGCCAUUGUCUUCAUCGAUGAACUGGACGCUAUUGGCGGCAAACGUAAUGCGCGCGACGCCGCAUAUGUCAAGCAAACUCUCAACCAACUCCUUACUGAACUGGACGGGUUUGAUCAGGGCAGCAGUGUUAUUAUCAUUGGCGCUACGAAUUUUCCCGAGAUGCUAGACAAGGCCCUCACACGCCCCGGUCGGUUUGACCGCCAUGUCUCGGUCGAUCUGCCCGAUGUUCGCGGACGUCUUGCUAUCCUCCAGCAUCAUGCGAAGAAGAUCAAGGCUGCCAAAGAGGUUGAUCUAAAGUCCAUAGCGCUGACUACCUCUGGGUUGUCCGGUGCCGAACUUGAGAAUAUCGUCAACCAGGCCGCUGUCCAUGCCAGCAAGAACAAGGCCACUGCCGUCAGGAAGGAAGACUUCGACUGGGCCAAAGACAAAAUCAUCAUGGGCGCCGAGCGAAAGACCAUGGUCAUUACUGCCAAGGAGAAGGAGAUGACAGCUUAUCACGAAGCUGGUCACGCCCUUGCCACCUUGCUCAGCAAGGGGUCCGCUUCACAACUAUAUAAAGUCACCGUUCUCCCUCGUGGUCCUUCCCUCGGUCACACGGCUUAUCUUCCGGAGAUGGACAAGUACUCUUACAGCGUUUCAAACUAUCUAGCAAUGAUCGACGGGGCCCUGGGAGGAAAACUAGCCGAGGAGAUUGUCUAUGGUCUUAACCAGGUCACCAGUGGUGCUUCGUCCGACCUCCAAAGCGCUACUCGCAUCGCCUUCAAUAUGGUUGCGGCCCUGGGCAUGUCUACGAAGCUAGGGAACAUGGAGUACUCCAGUCGGUACGAAACGCUCAGCAGUGAGACAAGGGCCAUCAUCGAGUCAGAAGUCCAGCGUACGCUUGAUGAAGCGUAUGAGCGCACCCGCCAACUCCUUACCUCGCACCGCAAGGAGCUAGAUCUACUAGCCAAGGCACUCGUCGAAUACGAGACACUAAGCAAGGAAGAAGUCGAGAAAGUCAUUCGAGGCGAGUCCCUGCCGGACCGCAUGAGCGUACCAAAGGGUCCCAUGGUCGUCCCUGCAUCGGCCGCAUCGGCAAAACCCGACGAGAUCCCUACUCCACUGCCAGGAUCGGGGUCUGGAGGCAAUCCUUCACCUCCACCGCCGGCGCCACCUGGCAUUGCACCCGCCCGAGAGUCUCCGGCCUCGCGGGGCCCUCUGGAUGGUGCCAACACGAAGACUGAUGGGUAG